AUGGGCUUAUCGCGCUGGCACGACAAGAAUUCAAGGCCAGCAGAGGAAAAGAGCGAAGAAAUGCAACAGGAUGCGCACUACUACGCCCUUGCGGCAAGUGAUAGUUUAAAUGCAAGUGUUUCUAACGAAUAUGGUAAUCAAGUAAUGAACUCGUUUUGGAAAGUGGGUAUAGACUCUCCCUAUGUGGACGAUGAAGCAAUUAGAAACAGAGAUGUCGAAAAUAACUUACCUUCUUUAAAGCAAAGUGUUUAUAAUGCUAAUGAACCAAAUGCUACCUCGUCUGCAUUUUCAACCGCUUCAUACGCACAUGAAACUUUCGAUUUUAGAAACCUUAAACUAAGAUAA